UAUUCUUCCGAGAAUCCAGCCAGCAGGAUUCAACAACGUCGUCCUCGAAAGUUGGUGGUAUUAGAUUUUGCUUCACACAACUCAGAUUCUUAAAAACUCAUCGGCUUCGUUCUGUGGGACUCUGGUGUUCUGGUAUUUUGGCGAAAUGGGUUCAUUUCAUUGAUGGGUUUCGCAGCAUAGAGGCUGUUCAAAUGGGUAUAGCUUGGAUUUUUAAUGCCUCUUACUUUUUUGGGGGGAUUGUUGCUGUUUUAUGUAUAUGAAGGAGUUCUCUCAGGAAAUGGGGUUUGUUAUUUGAUGGGUUUGCAAGUACUACGUAGGUUGCUCCUGUUUAGAUUCUUGGCUUACGCUCACAAAUGGGCCUAUUAGGGAGUUGUUUUUCUGACAAGGUUUUUGAUGGUUUCUGAAAUUGAAGAAGGUCUUGCUUGGAAUUCUGAUAUCUGUUCACAGAAGGGUCCUUCCGUUUGUUGUUGUUUUUAACGUGGUCAUUGUUCUUGAUUACUUCUACGUUCUGGGUUUAUUUAAGAUAUUUUUUCCUGCAGUUGAUUAUUACUAGAAAACGCUGGAUUUCUUUUUUUGGGUUCAUUCUCAGCUCUAGGCGUGGUUUCCUGUUUCGAGAAUUCUAGUUAAUGGCAUCUUUAGAAUUUGGAGCUGAAAACUGAGACAGUACUUUUCCUUGAAUCGAGUUGGUGGCUUUUAUUGCUGCGGAAGGGGUUUUAUGUUUUCAAUCUGUAACCAACUUUUGCACCUGCAGAGUUAAGAGGGUUUUUGAUACUUAGAUUUAGGAUUCUGGAUUUGUAUUCAUGGAAAUUGUUGACUUUGGGCUUUCAUUGCUGAGAAUUAAAACAGAGAGGAAAAUUUCUAUUGUGGAAUUUGGUUAGUGUAGUCUCUGUGGAAGGGAAAGAGGAAAUGGAUUUGUGGAUGGUUGCAGUUGCUGCCGGUGCUGGAUGUUUAGCUAAGUAUUGGCAAAAUAUUUCUAGGGAUAGGAAUAGCUUACCUGCGUUUUCCUCUGGGGACUCUAAUUGCGGGAAACCUGAAUCCCCAGGUCGUCCCUUCCACAGAUUGGCACGGAGAAAGAAACUAGACGAUGAGGUUUCUGCAGAUAGGAAAUGGGUUUCUGAUGGGAGACUUUCGGAUUUGUACCAAAUAGAUGGUGCUUCAGCAGAAGUGACUUCCACUAGUGGGUUUGAUGUUGAAAAGUCAGCAUGCUUUGAGAAAUAUGAAGAUUGCAAUGUACUUUCUGUAUCCAGCUUACCACCAGGAUGCUCAACAAAUGAUGAUGUAGAGCACGAGGCUGGAAAUAGGCUAAGUGGUGAUGUUAGUGAUAAUUGUGGUAAUUCAUUGCCUGGCCUUUCUCCUGGAAUGGGUUCUUUUCGUGGUUCUUCAAGGAAUAGAAGCUCUCUUAGAACUAAACGUUCACAUAGGCAUUCUCUUGAACCCCUAAGUUCCCUUGAAAGUUGUCUUAUGACUCAACUAUACAAAGAACAUGCUGAAAUGAAAAGAUAUGUAUUUAGUCCACCUCCAUCACCAUCCACACCAGCUAUGAGGCAGUUAUUUGUCACUGAUCGAAGCCAAAUACUCAGCAGAGCAAAUGGUCAUUCUUUCAGUGCACAAAUUGGAUUUGAGGAAGAUAAGGUGCAUAAAGAAGCCUAUUUGGAAAGGAAUGAAAAUGUGCAUGGCGUAACUCCACUACCAAAAAUUAGGUCUUUAGACUUCCCAAUGAAGAUGAAAAAGACGGGAAAGGUGCCGAGUGGAAGAUUGAGCAGCUCCAUUAAAAUGGUCGGUGGAAAACACGUCCAUUCACAAGAUGGGUCACCAGAUGGUAUGAUUCUAUUCUGUCUUGGGAUUUCUAUUGGCAUAAUAUCUUCUUUCAUAACAAAUAAAAGAGAAGUAGACAAGCUGAAGGAGUUAGUGAAGCAGACUGAGAACUUGGUUCAAGAUCUUCAAGAGGAACUAGAUAUGAAAGAUUCAAUGACAGUGAAGGAGCUAGCUAAUGAAAACUAUGAAUCACAGGUUACAUGUAAUAACUCCUAUGACAGGGCUCCAACUGUAUUUUCCCCUGAACUGCAUAUGGAUGGUUCAACAAAAAAUGAUGGUAAAGUAUUAUAUGAUCUGAAGGCAGAGGAGAGUCCAGAACCUAUGAGUAAAAUUGAAGCAGAGCUUGAAGCGGAACUUGAGAGGUUGGAGCUAAACAUAAAUGCAUCUAGUUUGGACAGAAGAUUGUCUGGUCUUGUUGAGCUUGACCCAGACUUUGUAGCAGAUUUUGCUCAGGGUGAGUUGAGAGCAGACAUGACCCAUGACCGAGCUGUUGGAAAACCUAAUUCAGAUCCAGAUUCUAGGGACACCUCCACCACUCAUUCUGCCAACUAUGCUGUUUCACCACGAGAGCUGAGCUUGCGUCUGCACGAGGUUAUUCGAUCUAGACUAGAAGAACGCGUGCAGGAUCUUGAGACAGCCCUUCAAAACAGCCAGAGAAAGUUAAACCACAUGGAGUCGGGGCACAAGAAUUCUUGGAAGGAGUUCUCAAGCAGUGAACGGGCAUAUUCUUGCACCCCAGAAAGUUCAACUGCUAAAGAAUGCAAUCCUACGGCCCAAUUCCCGUUUAAUCUGUCGGGGGAAACUCUAGACGCUGACAAAGAGUUAACUAAGAUAGAUGAUUCAGAAGAGCAGGAUUUAGCAUCAAGGGUCCAUGAAAGUAAGCAUCAAGAGGGCUUCAAUCUAUCAGAUGGACCUGUUUUCAUGGGUGAAAAUGGUGGUUCCAUGUCAAAUCUUACAAUGGAUAUGGAAUUAUUUUCAAGUAAAACGAGGACGAGAAGAUGUGGAGGGUACACAUCAGAGUUUCAGGGAUUGAAUGAUGGUGUAAGUGAAGAUGAAAGCAGCGAUUGGGAUGAUGAAAUUGAGAACCAAUUGAUCAAGCAGAUUGUGGAAAAAACCAAGAAAGGUUCACAUGUAGUUCUAAAUGCGCAAAGGAUGUUCUUGUCUAUGGAUGAAAAAUGAGCAUUGAAAUGAAACAAAAUAGUUUUGCAGUAUAUAGAGCAAUACAAAAGAAUAUUUAUUCA